ACUAAAAGAAGUAAAUUUAAAUGGAAAUUUUGAUGAAUUUACUCAAAUUUCCUAGUUUUGUUGGGGCAGAGGCAGAGAGGAGAUGAGUAUAUGUGUCUGUUUGGUUUCAAAGUCGCCAUUUUUUUCUUCCACUGAAUCUCUCUCCACUCCCAAAACAUACCCUUCACUUUCAUCAAAGCCACCACUUUUCUCCUCUAUCAUCCGGCAUCCUCCUCGUCCUAGGUUUCAACGCCCAAUCGGCGCUACUGCAGCCAUGGAAACAGAUCAAAGUGUAGGCACAAGCACUACCGGCAACACCUCAAACCCACUCAUGAAACUCCUGUUUGUGGAGAUGGGUGUUGGUUAUGAUCAACAUGGGCAAGAUAUUACAUCAGCAGCAAUGAGGGCAUGCAGGGAUGCUAUUUCUUCUAAUUCAAUCCCUGCAUUCAGGAGAGGAUCCAUACCUGGAGUCUCAUUUGACCAGAUGAAACUAAUCAUCAAGUUAGGCGUUCCUAAUUCUCUCCAGCAGUCGUUGGAUAUUGAGAGGGUGAAGUCUGUUUUUCCUUAUGGAAAAAUUUUGGACGUUGAAGUUGUGGAUGGAGGACUAAUAUGCUCAAGUGGUGUGCAUGUAGAAGAAAUGGGAGAUAAGAAUGAUGAUUGUUACAUAGUCAAUGCUGCAGUUUAUGUUGGCUACUAGUUGUAUCCCAUAUGCCUUCUUGACAGUUUCUUUUAAGGAGUCCUCGGAUCAUAGCAGCAGGUGGACUUCAGCCUUGAGUAUGCAGAACGUGAAAGUUGGGAUUCUUUUGUGAGAUAUUAUUUGUAAAACUGCUGUCUUUGUAAUCUGCUGCCUAAGCCGGAACAUGGUGAUUUUUGAAACACCCUAAUUUUGCCAGAAAAACAAGUAAUCUUCUUGUUGUACAAACUCUUUCAGACAAUAAUAAUUUACCGCUCAACAUGUCCUUU